AUGGGAGAUACCAUUGGUUACCUGGGAGAGUCUGUCACCUUAUCUUCUGGAGCCAACCCAUCCUGGCACAUCACCAAGAUAACGUGGUCCAUAUACAAUAACGAUACCUGGAUUGCAACGUUCAAGGGCAAAAAUCGCAACACAGAAUGGUUCGGGCCGUUUAAGGGUCGACUGAGUAUCAACACCUCGUCUGGUGACUUGGAGAUCAGAGAUGUUAGGAGAGGGGAUGACAUGGUUUACUCUGUUCUCCUCACACACGGUCAGGGAGAGCAGCAGAUCAGUAAGGUACGGCUCACUGUGACAGGUAAGGGUCUCAAUCACAACCGUGCCCUGUUUUAAAUGUGCACUCUGUAGGAUUUAUACAAGAUUUGCCUCUAGGGGCGCAAGUGAGACAAAAUGCAAUCAUUGGACAUAAUUGACCCUCCACACCCAGAAGUAAAAGUUUGGGAAUUUUACGUUUUGUACAUUUCACUAGUUUGAUAGCCUAUUUAUUAUAGGCAAAACUGUUCUUUAAAAUCAUUUCAAAGUGUUGCUAAUUUUUAUAUCUACUUUAUUCAAAUUUCAUUGCCAGUUUUGGUUAUGUAAAAUGUGUUAUCUAUUCACAAGACCUUCCUUUGUUUCUGUUCAAAUGUCCAGAGCGUCUCAUUGAGCCUAGUGUUCGUAAGGUCUUCAGCGUUUUGAAGGACGGCUACUGCGUGAUGGCUCUUCAGUGCUCCUCUACAGUGAAGGACACCAGCUUUUCUUGGGAACCAGAGGCUUCGUUUGAUGGCUCCUUCUGGAGGGGGAGUCCCAAUGCCAACAUAUCUGUUGUCUGGUCGUCUUACAGCCCCAACAGAAAUGUCACCUUCAUAUGUACUGCCAGCAAUGGGCUCACUAACGCCUCUAGGGUUGUGAGGGAGACAUGCCAAGGUACAGUCAUUUCUAGGGCCAGGAUUUAUUUCUGUAACACAUGACCUGACCAGGAAAAACUGGUGUAUUCAUGAACCUUUGGGCAGGGAAUUCUUAGGCCAGCCAGCUAUGCAGUAAGACAGGGAGGAAUUAUUGUAGAUGCUGGUCAAGCUUGCGGUUGAAUUUGUGAACAAAGUGAGGCAUUAUUUGUGUUCUUACCUUGUUACCACACUAUUUUGUUCUCUCCUAUGUCCUCAGAUGAACAGCCCAAGCCUGACGUGGUGGUGGACGGGGAGACCCGUGUCCCCGGGAUCAUAAAGUUGCUCUUAGGAUUUCUGUUUGGAUGUCUUUUAACAUAUAUUUUCAGA